CUGCUUUUCUAGUGUGACCAGACCAACUACACAUUUUUAUUUAGUAAUUUUUCUCUGUUGCUUGCCGUCCAAUUUUCUCUCACAUUUUUACAUUCUAUUCUUGUUGCAAGAAAAGAAGCCUUUGCCUCUCAACUAAAAGAUAUUCUUUACUUGUUAGCAUUAAAUGCCAAACCCACAUGAGAUAUAGCCUAUAAAAAAGACUGAGAAUAUAAUUCAUAAUUUCAAUUCCAAUUCCAAUUCCUAUUCCAAUUUCUAAAUCAAACGGUUACAAUCUCCUUCCCAUUUUUUCAGACAAGAACAGAAAAAAAAAAAAAAAAAAAAACAUGGGUGUUUUUGGAGCCGUGGCAAGGCAUUUGGAUACACUUCUCGGACCUGGAGUGAUGCUUCUCUAUCCCCUAUAUGCAUCGAUGAGGGCAAUCGAGAGCCCCUCAACACUGGAUGAUCAACAAUGGCUAACGUAUUGGGUUCUCUACUCGUUUAUGACACUUUUCGAGCUUUCCUGCUGGAAGAUUCUUCAAUGGCUUCCUUUCUGGCCAUACAUGAAGCUGGUAUUCUGCAUGUGGCUGGUGCUCCCGAUUUUCAACGGAGCGGCUUAUAUAUACGAGAAUUUAGUGAGGAAGUAUGUUAAUGUUGGAAGAAAUGUGAGCUCAAAUCAUCCAGAAGGACAGAGGAGGGUUCUUCAGAUGAUGAGCCUCGACGCAAGAAAGUCCGUCGAGAGAUACAUUGAGAAGUAUGGUCCAGAAGCCUUUGACAGAGUUGUCAAAGUGGCUGAGAAAGAAGCAAGGAAACACUGAUCAGGAAAUACAGAAUCUCAGGCAGAAUAUGGAAUGUAUACAUAUAUAUAAUUAUUCAAUUAACCUUGUAAUGAUCUCAGAGAAACUAUAGUAUUCAAACUUGCAUACAUUAUAUACACAUACAUGCCAUUGCCUUCUAUCUCUUCAUUUUUUAUUUUAUUUUUA